AUGUCUGUUCCGAGAAUCACAAUACCCGAAUCGGCUUUUGAUCCCGCUGCCUAUAAUCUCAACAGUCGGCAGCGGCCCAAAGUGAGCACACUUCUGUUUUUGCUCCAACUAACCAGAGGCUCCGCUUUGGGAGUUUUAAUUGCAUACUGCGUGGGCAUUUUCGUGUUGAGACCUCUAAUGGCCAAAGCCACGUUCCAAAGAUUGGACUAUCUCGAAGAAUGUAGAACAAAGCUUCGAGACUUGUACCUCAACGUCAUAUGCCGCGUAAAGAACAUACCAAUGAUACGGUUUGACAAGUCUUCGGGAGAAGGCAAGGUCUUGGUUGAUGCCAUUUGUCAAACAGAGGAUUUGGCUACACAAGCCGAAGCCGCAGCUCCAGUCGACACCCUUGGGCAAGAUGUAGUUGUGGACAAAUUGGGUAAGCUCAAUGAUGCGUUGAGAAGGGUCUCUGCGUAUCUGUCUCAAAACGUGCCACAUUUCAACGUCGUCAACUUCACUCUCAAGGACUUGCGCCAGAAGAGCGACUUGGUGAUGUUCAACCAGAACGAGAUUUUUGCUGCUCCACCUUCAGCUGCCAGAAAAUCGGCCAACGUGGCCCAGGAUGUGAAAAAUGACAUUAGGAACAUUAAAGGUAUGUUCAUGAGUGGGCAAGCGUAG